UGGCAGCCAUGAGGACGGGCACCCUUCUGUGUGCCCUGCUGAGCGCCCUGGGCUAUGGGGCGGGCUGGCCAGUGCACAAGGCCUGCAGUGGCCCCAACCUGCAGAUGCUAUACCAGAGCUGUGACCCGUUACAAGAUUUUGGCUUUUCUGUGGACCAUUGCUCCAAAGAACUACCAUCUAAUCUCAAAAUUCGAUUCGGACUCAUUCUGAGACAGGACAUCAAGGAGCUGUUUCUGGACCUGGCACUCUUCACCAAAGGGACGUCCGUGUUCAAUUUCUCCUACCCCGUCUGUGAAGAUGACCAGCCCAAGUUCUCCUUCUGUGGGAGAAGGAAGGGGGAGCAGAUCUACUAUGCCGGGCCUAUCUCCAUCUCGGGGUUCCAGAUUCCCCAGGGUGAUUACCAAGUGCUGCUGCAAAUGUACAACGAGAACCAAGCCCCCGUUGCCUGUGCCAACGCCACUGUCAUUGCCACCUAAGU